CUUCAAGGUCAUAAUUUAAGGUCACUGAAUCUUGGUAAUCGUUAUCCGUUCAGUUUAAGUGAACUACGUUUUCAUAGCUUUUUUAUCUGUAAUCAAAACUUUACUUCUUGCUGUAAAACGAUAAAACAACAAUGCCUGAAACAUCUUUCCUACAUGCAUCAUCUUUUAUUGCCUUACCAUUUGUUGGAGCAUUUAUUGGUCAGCGUAUUGUUUCAAAAAAUAUGGAUUGGUUUGAUACUUUGAAAAAACCAUCAUUCUCACCACCAAAAUGGGUUUUUGGACCAGUAUGGAGUGCAUUGUAUGGUUGUAUGGGAACUGCAUCUUAUUUAGUAUGGAGAGAUGCACCACAUGGUAAAGCUAUGAUUCCUUUGUCUAUUUAUGGUGCUCAACUUUUACUUAAUUGGUCAUGGACACCUGUGUUUUUUGGAUUGCACAAAAUUAAAUAUGGAGCUAUAUUAAAUGUAGGAAUACUUGGUGGUGCUUUAACCUGUGUACAUGUAUUUCGUUCAAUCAAUGUGAAUGCCAGUAAUCUAUUGAUUCCAUAUGUUUUAUGGUUAUCAUUUGCUUCAGCUAUCAGUGUACGUUUAGCUAUGUUAAAUAAAGAAUAGAAAAUUUCGAAAACACACAGAAAACACAACAAAGCUCAGGUGUUUUUUUCGUCUUGUUUAUUACGAUUAUUAGUUCAAUCUUACCACUUUAUUUAUACAUAUAUAUAGUUGUUUUGAUUGUUGUUGCAUUGCAUUGCAGCAUUGUCUUUUUCUCUCAUAAUAAUUAAUCAUAACUCAGGAAUAUUGUUUAGUUGUUUUCGUUUUUUUUGUGUGUUUCAAUUUUGUUUUGUUUUAUUUUUUUUCGCGCGAAAAUCUUUACUAUUUUAUGAUAUAAUAAAUACGUAUAGACAGAUACAUACGCACACGCGCACACACACAUACAGAAAAGGGGAAUCUUUUGUCAGUUUCUGUGUUUUGUUUGCUGUUUUGUUAUUAUUGUUUUUUGUUAUUGUGAAAAUGUAAGUUAUGAAGAGUAUAUUGGCAUAAAUAACACCGUAGG